GGUAGCUCUGCUGGGACUGGAACCCUUUUGUUUCACCGGAAGUAGCAGAACCUUAACGAGGGGACUUGUUUCUGUGUUGCACUGGUGGUGCUACAGAAAAAUGUAGACUGACAACCUUCCUUUAACUGUCUAUGCUGAAAACAGGCGAGCUGGUUGUCAGCGACUGACUACCGUUACUCAGGGCUCACUGAUUAUUAAGCCCGGGCUUUGGUAAACUUUGGGAUGGAUAGUGAGUGUGAUGUCUUUUAUCGGGAGCUGCCAAAAGUGGAGCUUCACGCUCAUCUCAACGGCUCCGUCAGCUUCCAAACCAUCGAGAAACUCAUCAGCCGAAAACCGCAUCUCAACAUUGAACACGGCAUGACUGCUAUCGGCAAAAGCCAGCGGAGGACACUGGAUGAGUGUUUUCAGGUCUUCAAGGUCAUCCAUCAGUUGGUGGACACGGAGGAGGACAUCCUGAUGGUGGCUACAGAUGUUAUCAAGGAGUUUGCAGCUGAUGGUGUCAAAUAUUUAGAGCUGAGAAGUACACCGAGGGAGGAGAAAAACACAGGAUUGACUAAAAAAAGAUAUGUUGAAACUGUCAUAAAAGCCAUCCGACAGUGUAAAAACGAAGGAGUGGACAUUGAUGUCAGGUUUCUGGUGGCAAUUGAUCGCAGGAAUGGGACUGACGUUGCCAUGGAGACAGUGAAGCUUGCUGAAGAGUUCAUGUUGUCUACUGAUGGUUUGGUGGUAGGACUUGACCUCAGUGGAGAUCCAACGGUUGGUCACGGAAAAGACCUAAUUCCUGCUCUACAGAGGGCCAAGAACUGUGGACUGAAGUUGUCACUGCAUCUCUCAGAAGUACCUACCCAGCUGGAGGAGUCUGAUCUACUGUUGAACCUUCCUCCAGACAGGAUUGGUCACGGCACCUUCUUGCAUCCUGAAAUGGGUGGAUCUCAAAGUCUUGUUGACAAAGUGGUGCAGAACAACAUACCGCUGGAGCUUUGCCUGACAUCAAAUGUCAAAGGACAAACUGUACCGUGUUACUCCAAACAUCAUUUCAAGUACUGGUACCAGAUGGGGCAUCCAAGUGUGAUUUGUACUGAUGAUAAGGGGGUCUUCAGUACAGACUUGUCUCAGGAAUAUCAGCUGGCAGCUUCAACGUUUGGUCUCAGUCGGGAAGCCGUAUGGAAACUCUCCCAGCAGGCCAUAGACUAUAUAUUUGCACCAGACACCGUGAAACAGCAGCUCAAACACAAGUGGAUAGAAAUACAACCUCAGGUGUUCAAGUGACUGGUUCAGUCAAACGUACAGCCAACCAUACCUCAAAUUUUUGUUUAAAAGACUUUUCCUAUAAUAUUUUACAAGUCUUUGUAGAAAUCCAUGACAACUAAAAUACUGUGAAAAUGUUUGAAAUAACUAAAAGUAAAUUAAACCUAUAUCGUACAAGUGUGUUAUUUUUUGUUGAUAUGCAGUUUCUGUGCAGUGUUGUACACAGCAUGAAUCAAGGCAACAAACUUGUUAUGACAUACUGAAGAAAUGCAGGUGUAUUUGGACAGCAGAAUAAAAAAAAA